UCUUCUUCUUUUUUCAAUCAGCAUCUGCAUUCAACUGUGACCUUUUCAUCUUUCCUGUUUCGUCCGGACAAUUUUGGUGUUCGCUGCUGUAAAAUCAGACCCUGGCCCUGCUGCCGAACAUCCAAGUAAUGAGCUGUGCCUGAUCCAGUUUUUUAAAUAGAUGUCCGUGAAAGGGUGAGAACGAGAGAGUUUUCGGAGAAUUGUUUAGCUCCUCACAUUAUUUGUGCACAAUAGUCAAUAGUCCAUUGGACAAUAAAAUGGUUCCUAAAAACCGAGGGCUGCUUCCUGGCAAUGUGGGAGACUUCAGUGGCUUGAUUAUUGUCCAGCUGGGGCUGCCCGCCAUUCUAUUCUUCGAGCUGUACGAAGUUCUGCCAACACUCUACGCAGACAGUCCCGAGUAUGUUCGCAACUUGUCCGUAUUUGUACUCUGUCUGUUUUUCAAUACUGAGUUGAGUUUCUGGAUGACGGUGCUGAAGACGUGCUCGCUGAAAGCCUUCAGUCCUGAGUUGCCCUCUAAGCUGAAACCAGGCUGGGUGUAUUGCCAGUUUUGUCAGCUGAACGCACCCCCACGCUCCAGCCACUGCUUCUCGUGCGGCGCGUGUAUUCUACGCCGGGAUCACCACUGCGUGUUCACCGGUAACUGUAUUGGAUUCCACAACCAUCGGCACUUCCUGACCUUCCUGCUCAACUUCUGGAUCGGCGCAGCGUACGCCGUAGUGCUCAACACCGUCUAUCUGCACCAGGCCGGUCGCCUGUGGAGCUACAAGGACGUCAUCUCCAUGUUCCUGCCCAUACCUGCCUAUCUGUUUGGCUUCACGGAGCACUUCCACUUCUUCUCCGGCAUCAUGUGCACACUGAGUGUAGUCAGCCUGCUCCUGUCCACCGCCAUGGCUUACUUCCAGCUGCUGCACAUACUCUAUGGGCAAACGGCCUACGAGCGCAAGCACCGUAUCACCGACUUUGCCGUCGACUGGAAGGGAACGCUGCGCGAGAUUGCCGGCACGCGCUGGUACGUUGCGCUCCUGUCGCCGCUGAUACCGUCUCCGCGCCAUGGCGACGGUUUGAAUUUGAAGAAGGCGUCGGAGGUGAGAGCAGAGAAUAUCAAGACGGUGUAGGGUACUGGGAGCAGUGGCUAUCUUGUCUGUUUGUUUUUAGGAGUUUUUGAAGAGUUUCAAUUUCUUAUUAUUUCCAACGUGCCGGCCUGCUUUGAUAGCCUGCUUUGAUAGCCUGCUUUGAUAGCCUGCUUUGAUAGCCUGCUUUGAUAGCCUGCUUUGAUAGCCUGCUUUGAUAGCCUGCUUUGAUAGCCUGCUUUGAUAGCCUGCUUUGAUAGCCUGUGGCAAAGUGUGGAUAUAACAAGAUGUUUUAAAUGCUCUCAGCUUGAGUGCAGCAUAGACUAAGUAAGUCCUGGACUGUGCUUUUUUUAGGUAUGCUAUGCCCCAGCCCUGGCUAUGUGCCCUAGCCCUGGCUGUGUGCCCAGCCCUGGCUGUGUGCCCAGCCCUGGCUGUGUGCGCCAGCCCUAGCUAUGUGCCCCAGCCCUGGCUUUGUGCCCCAGCCAUGGCUGUUUGCCCCAGCCCUGGCUGUGUGGCCCAGCUCUGGCUAUGGCAGCAGGCUUUGGGCCCCUAAAGACGAGUGUACCGGGUUGAACCUUUCUGUACUCCGGCUCAUUAUAUGUUGAUCUUGAUAAACAGGUUUACCAAUGAACUGGCAUAAUUCUACUGCAGUACUGCAGCUGGUGCUGCCUGUUAUGCCUCUUCCCUUGUUCUAUGACUAGUGUUAUUUUAUUCAUCAGUUUGAGGGAGUGAAAAGGGGAAAUCUCUUUCGUUGACUAGCUGAGGGGUCAUGAUGUUCACACUGCGAACAACUUGAAAAUAGUCUGUUCCAUUUUGGAUACAUUGAGCACUCGUG